CGCCGCCGCCGCUGCCUCCGCCGCCGCCGCUCCUGUCACCGCCGCCUCUCCCGCCGCCGUCACUUUCGCAGCUGCUGCCGGCGCCGCGGGGCUGGGAGACAUGGCGGAGGGAGGCGCGGCGGACCUGGAGACCCAGCGCUCGGACAUCGCGGCGCUGCUCAAGACGGCGCUCCGCAAGGGCGACACCUGGUAUUUAGUGGAUAGCCGCUGGUUCAAACAGUGGAAAAAGUAUGUUGGAUUUGACAGCUGGGACAAAUAUCAGAUGGGAGAUCAGAAUGUUUAUCCUGGUCCUAUUGACAAUUCUGGACUUCUCAAAGAUGGGGACUGUCAGUCUCUCAAGGAACAUCUCAUUGAUGAGCUGGACUACAUUCUUUUACCAACUGAAGGCUGGAACAAGCUGGUUAGCUGGUAUACUCUUAUGGAUGGCCAGGAACCAAUUGCACGCAAGGUAGUUGAACAGGGUAUGUUUGUCAAGCACUGCAAAGUAGAAGUAUAUUUGACCGAAUUAAAAUUGUGUGAAAACGGAAAUAUGAACAAUGUAGUAACAAGAAGAUUUAGUAAAGCUGACACAAUCGACACAAUUGAAAAGGAGAUAAGGAAAAUCUUCAAUAUUCCAGAUGAAAAAGAGACCAGGUUGUGGAACAAAUACAUGAGUAACACAUUUGAACCUUUGAAUAAACCAGACAGUACCAUACAGGAUGCUGGCUUGUACCAGGGGCAGGUAUUAGUGAUAGAACAAAAAAAUGAAGAUGGAACAUGGCCAAGGGGUCCUUCAGCUCCAAAGGGCAUCUUGUGGUCUGCUGCGUCUUAUAGAGCGAAAAAUGCGGUACUUCAAAACCUACCUAUAUUGCCAUGUGAUCCUGCUGAAAGCAAAAGGGAGAAAAGGAGAAGAAAAUUCAAAAGAUGUUGAAGGAGGCGUGGGAGAAGAGAGAGAGAGUGGAACAGUUUCCUUUUCUAUAGAAAUGCUGUAAAUAUAAACUGAAAUGCAGAAGCUGAUUCUGCAUACUGUAUCUAGAUACAGAUUAAUAUGUAGCCGUUGUAUAAGCAUGAAGAUGUGUGGAAAUAAUUGCUAAAAUUGAGCAAGUUUCCAAAUUCAGCAGAAUAUGCGGCCAAGCAAACUUUGGAUGCUUAAAUACUUCCCCUAAGUGAUAGAAAGCAAUCAGACUGCUUUUAAGAUUGAAUGGUUAUAGCUACAGGUGAAGUACCUCUACAAAAUAAUGUUUAAUAUCUGUAAGAAUUUAACGUUUAAUAUUUACACUUUCAAAAAUCCUCCAAAACUUGAAUCUUUAUACCGAAUGUUAUAUAUUUGGUUUUGGUAUUGAAAUAGAUUUGGAGAAGGUUACAGUAGCCCGCUACUAUGCUGUGUGCUGAAUUAUUCAUUUGUAUACUCAAGACUUUAACUUCACCUUUAAGACCUUGUUCAUCUGGGCGUGAUGAGUACCUGUACUGUGCAGUAUACCCAUUCUAAUCUAAGGGAAAUUGCACCCUAGAACAGAUGGCCUUCCAGAUGGUGUUGGACUCCCAUUGACCCCAACCAGCACAGCGAAUUCUCUGGAAUGCUGAAAACUGGAGUACAACACAUCUUGGAAGGGGCCACAGUUUCCCACCCCUAUGCUAGAAAAUGCAGACAUUAUCUGGUUAGCCACCAAGACACAUGCCCAGUCAGAAAGUUGGAGGGAGGAAUUCCAUGUAGCACUGAGAUCAUGCCAUCAGCGCCAGCCUUUUGGCUUGCAAGAUCAGUCUUACAUCCCCAGUGUACUGUUGUGGGAGUUCCCCUGACACACACAUAUUUGUGGGGUAGGGAGAGCGGCAAAAAGCCCAGUUGUGCUAGCCAGAGUCCUUGUGCUACCUUCCACUAGUAGGACUCGUUAGAUGAAUCUGACCCUUAAGGCACAUUAUUGAGUCAUCCUACUGAAGGUUAGCAGGUUUGAAUCUGGGUUUGGUCAAACAGGAGUCCCAUGCACAUUGACUUGAAUUCCAUUGUGGGGAAAGGUGGGAUAUAAAUGUAUUAAAUAAUAAUAAAUAAUAUGUCAGCACAUCAAAGAAGCCAUUGGGCCUUGCUUCAACAUGUUAGAUUUUUAGGUGCUAAUAUUUGUUGUGAUGCUGCUUUGUUACAGGCAGUUCCUUACCUAGAUGCUAGACACGUGUACUUAAACACAUUAAAUCAGCUUUUGUCUGCAUUCUUCAGAUACUUCAAUCAGUCACAUCACUGAUGAAAGUCAUUUUAGCUCUCUUUCCAUGUUGAUAAUUCAUCUUAAUACAUGCCAAGUGCUUGGGUGUUCAUAUAUUCUUGUUUCGCUAUUCUUUUUAGUUGUGUGACCCAUAUUUUAGGUUAUGUUAUAGGUAUGUAAUUGUUUGUUACUUUUACAUUUUGUUUAGCUCAUAAUUGAAGGUUUAGAUAUUUGACUAGUAGUAGAAGUAAUGGCUUGUAAUGAAUUAUUUACACUUUAUUCCACCCAGUAUGAGAUUCCAUAGUCACUUUGGUUUACAUUGAGGUCCUCCAUUGCUAUUAGAAAACAGAUAAACAGAGGACUCUCAAAGAAUAAUAUUAAUUGUGAAAUGAAAAACUUUUUCAGAAAUGUCUUUAAGCAGUAAUUAAUCAAAGCCCCCCCCAAAAUAAAAGUUUUUAUUUUCAAAAGUA